UGAUAGUGCGUGUCGUUCGUCUCGCCGAAUUUAUUUAUAAAAUAUCACAUUUUGUCUAUUAAUAAACCGACAGAAUACUUUUAGAUCAACAUUUAGAUACAGCAGGGGCGCUCCAAGGUGCAGUGUUUAUAACACAAGCGCGUAAUUAAAUAAUAUUCGGUGCGCGAAUAUUUCGUGUGUAAAAAAGUACCGAAAUCAUGUUUUUGAGUGUAAUAACUAAUUUUUCUUGUGAAGAUGUGGUCUAGACAAAGGUUGGGUUAUAUCUGUGCGCUUGAAAUAACCGUAUCACAUAUCAUUGAUCUAUACAAAUCAGUGUAUUGAUAAGAUAUUAUGUUAUGUUUUCGGACUGAUUAGGAUGGUUCGGAAGUGUUAAUCUGGUAUGAAAGACGUGUUAAUAGGCAGUGCAAUGUUGUGUUAGCAGUUGUUGGUGUAUUUAAGUGUUAAGUGUGUGUAAGAGUAAGUGAAAAUGCCUGGGAAAAUAAAGGUGAAGGUGUUGGCGGGUCGGAACUUGCCGGUGAUGGACCGGGCUAGUGACACGACGGAUGCGUUCGUGGAGAUAAAGUUCGGCAGCAUCACGCACAAGACCGAUGUGUGCCGCAAGUCUCUCAACCCUCACUGGAACAACACUGAGUGGUACCGGUUUGAGGUGGACGAAUCAGAACUGCAAGAUGAACCUCUCCAACUCCGACUCAUGGACCACGACACGUACUCCGCCAACGAUGCCAUAGGCAAGGUGGUGAUCAGCCUCGCGCCUCUACUGGCGAGGGAAGCCAACAAUGCUAAGAGUACUGCUGCUCCUCAUGGUGGUGCGGUAAUGUCAGGCUGGAUCCCAGUGUUCGACACAAUGCAUGGCAUCCGCGGCGAACUGAACGUGAUUGUCAAAGUGGAGCUGUUUUCAGACUUCAAUAAAUACAAGACUUCCAGCUGUGGAGUGCAGUUUUUUCACUGUCCUAUGAUACCUCCAGGAUACAGAGCGACUGCCAUCCAUGGGUUUGUUGAAGAGCUGGUGGUGAAUGAUGACCCUGAAUACCAGUGGAUCGAUAAGAUUAGGACGCCUAGAGCCUCUAAUGAAGCGAGGCAGGUGGCCUUCAUUAAGUUGAGCAAUCAGGUACAACGCCUAGUAGGUUUGAAAGCAGCUGAACUCGGCGCGAACGCAGUCGUCGGCUACCAGCAGGACUUCGAUUUAGAAGGGGAGGCGGGCGUCGUGGCUAGAGCUAUUGGCACUGCCGUGAGCAUAUCUCCUUUGCCGAUGCCGAGCCAACCGUUAAACAUGCCGCCUUGCACGCAACAACAAUUAAAAAAGUAUUUGGACAUUUUGGCGACGGAUAACGAAAGCAUAACAGAAAUGUCAACUUAUUAUCAAAAUCACCAAGAAGAGUUACAAAAGCUUCUCAUGAUUUUAAAUCCUAACGCAUCAGCAUUGCUAGACGUGACAGACGCAAUUGAUGAAGAUGAGAAAAGUAUGGAUAUGACGAGGCAAUCAAGUCUCACUAGCUAUGCUGGAAGUGUAUCCAUAUAUCGAGAUGAAUACCCACAUAGGAUUAGUCUGAGACAUCUAUCUGAAGAUCAAACAGAUCUCAACAAACUGCUGAACAAAGAUAGUGAUGAUUCAGACUCUUCCGGACCAAUAGAAAAAUUAAAGAAAAUGAAAACGAACUUCUUUACAAGAAGGUUUAAUAGGCGCCCAAGUAGUAAACGAUCAUCGAUCGAUAAACAAGACGAUUCGAUAUCUAUUAAGUCGAAUACAUCCGAAACUUCGCGAAUCUCUUUAGCAGAAAUUAAAAACGAAUUGAGAAAGUUCAAGAGUUUGAGGAAACCUAAAUUCCGCAAGCCUUUUGUUAAUAAAGAAGACGAAGGUGAGGGCAUGGCAUCUAUUCUAGCCAGGUCUAUUAUACAUGUUCAAACAAGUCUGGCUUGUAUAGCUGAGACUCAAGACUCUGAAGCCUCUCCCGGCUCUACUAUGAGACGAACAAGUGAGUCAGAGCCAGCUAUCAACAUCUCCGAUGAUGAAAAAGCUAAAAUUGAAUCUAUAAAUGAAGAAGGCAUCAAAAUGCCAGAGAUACGUUUCACUUCAUUGAGCAAUAUAAAUGCUGAAGAAGCUAUUCCGCCGAGAGAAAGGAAAAUUUCUGAGUCUUGUCCUGCAACGCCAAUGCCAGACAGAAGUGAAAAUCUUCUCACUUUACCUGGGGAACCUGGCUAUUUUGGAUCAGUGUCAUCCGCUCUUUCUGCUGAAAGCUCUGAAAUUGAGUCCAGUAGUGAUGAAGAAGAUGACGAAAGCUCUGAUCCUAAAACAGAUACUGAACGGUCCAUUGAAACUACCAGCUCAGUAGUACAAUCAGUUCUAAGCCACAACAUUGACCCCAAGUUAAUGGCAAGUUUGGACAAAAAACUAAACAUCCUUGAAAGAAGCAGUCCCGAUAUAAAAGAAAUCUUGCAAAUAGAAACUCAAAAGGAGAUCGAUAAAAAAGCUGAAGUAGAACAACAAGUGUUCGAUAAUCAAGUACUUAUUGAUAAAUGUAAAUCACUGGAAUCUGUGCCACAAGGAGUUGAACAUAAAAUAGUAGUAGAGAAGCCAGUCAGGUCAAAUGAAGCUUCGACGUCAUCGGUCAAAGACGACACGUGUGUAACAAAGCCUAGUAGCCACCAUAUAAAAUUCCACAAUCCCUUUUUGCACAAAAAACCUGCUAAAAGCAUUAGUGAGCCUUCUUCGCCUGUAGAUAAAGGUAGUUUCGUCCAUCGCUCUUCUAGACGAAUCAGACGCCAGUUAUCUAAACUGUCUAAAAGUAAUAUGAUUAAAAGUAUUUCCCACUACUCUUUGCACCCCAAAAAGAAAGAAACUAAAACGCCUUUGAGUCAACCUGGGUCGUCUUCCGAUGUGCGUUCGAAAGCUCCUAGUGAAACUGUACUUGGUUCUCCAUUUUUGUCGUACAGCGAUCUGAUGAGUCUUGACAAAGAAAGUAUUGAUACCAAUAAAUUCUUUCACAAAAGCGAUGAGUUUGACCGCGUGAAAGUCUCCAUGUAUAUCGGAUCGGAGCCGGUUUCUAGAACUUCUUUAAGCGGUAUAUCGAUUCCGUUCUACAAAGACGAACAACAUCAUCACGAAAAGAGACAAUCGCUCAAGCCAACUGGCCUAGUCCAUACUGCUAUGGAGACUAUCCUCCUGGAUAAAGUUCAAUCUUUACUUAUGCCUACAUCACCAGAACCUGAUUCAGUUAAAAACAAACAGUUUUUCGAUGAUGUGAACGAAAAAUUGGGAAACAUGGAGAAGAAUAGAACAACUUACAAUGAAUCGACAGCAAGUAGUUUAAGUAUUACGCCUGUAAAUAGAGCGAAAAGUCAAUCACCGCCAGUAAGUAAUAAACCGGUGGUUGUAAGUGGUAUAAGAAAAGCUGAUAAAGCUCAUGAACAUAAAACAAAACCCCCAAGCUUGAUGCAAACUGCAAUGGAAACUAUGCUCAUGGAUCAAGUACAAUCCGUGCUUAUGGCUACUACUCCUGAAACGCCGCAUCCUGAACAAUUCUUUGAAGGCAAUAAUCGACCAGAAAGUUAUGACGGAUCAAAAGGCAAAGUAAAAAAUCCUAUUACAUAUAUUCAGUCUAAGUUAGGGCCGAAGUCACCUGAUCCUACUUCGCCAACCGAAAAGUUCUUUGGUGGUAAGAAUAAAAAGAGGGAUUCCAUGUCAAGUGGUCUUGUUCAUACUGCUAUGGAAACUAUGUUAAUGGAGAAAGUCCAAUCGGUUCUUGGACCUGAAACUCCUGAACCGGUCACUUCUGUGUUUGACGACUAUGAUAGGCAUGACGAGCAUAAAAAGAAAGAUGAGAAACCACAUGGUUUGCUCCAAACUGCUAUGGAAACUAUGCUGUUGGAUAGAGCUUCGGUUUUGGGUGCAAAUGUACCAGAUCCUGUGAUACAUACUGAAGAGAAACCACAUGACUUGCGUAAGAAUGACAGUUCAACUGGUAUGACCCAUACAGCUAUGGAAACUAUUCUGAUGGACCAAGUACAUUCUUUGCUUGGACAGCAUGGUACUCAGCCUACACACACAAGUGAUGAAAAUGAUCAUAAUAAGAAAUCUAACAAAGAAAGUCACAAAAAAGAUGAGAGCAGUGGUAUGACACACUCAGCUAUGGAAACAAUAUUAAUGGAUCAAGUCCAUUCGUUGAUAGGACAACAUGGCACGCAACCUACGCAUACAAGUGAAGAAAGUGAUCAUAAUAAAAAAUCUACCAAAGAAAUUCACAAGAAAGAUGAAAGUAGUGGCAUGACACAUUCAGCUAUGGAAACUAUAUUAAUGGAUCAAGUUCAUUCAUUAAUAGGACAACAUGGUACACAAUCUAAACAUAGUGGUGAAAGUGAUCACAAAAAAUCUAGUAAAGAUGAUUUGAGACCAAGUGGGUUAAUACAUAGCGCUGUAGAAACUAUGCUUUUGGAUAGAGUCCAAGCUACUGCAUUGGGAACUCCAGUGCCUGUAGUACCGACUGAGGAAGAUCACUCUAAAAAAGAAGAGAUUCAUGGUCUCACUCAUAAAGCUAUUGAAACUAUAUUGAUGGAUAAAGUCCAAUCUUUAGUCGGUCAACCUGGCAUGACGUUUGUAGAACCAAAAACAUUUACUGAUGAUGAAUUGGAAGAAGCCGAACAUUUGAAUGAUGAUUUAAAAUCUCCUGGCUUAGUUAAAAAUGUAGUAAAGAACAUAUUGCUAGAUAAAGUGCAUACUUUAGAAGAAGAAAAAGAAAUUGCAGUUGAAAAGCUGAAGGAAAUAUUUGAUAAAUCACAUUCACGUGAAAAUCUUAAGCCUACUGGGCUGGUUCAUACGGCUUUCGAGACUGUUCUUUUAGAUAAAGUACAGACUCUGAUACCUGCUGAACCAGCAAUUGUUGCUGAAACUACUGAUAACACGUCAGGUGGAAAAGCUAAACAUAAUAAACCACCUAACUUAGUUAUUCCAAAAGUGGAACCUGAAGUGAUUAACAUACAGUUAAUGACUAACGCAGAAACGACAGGAGAUGCUAAUACACCUACAAAGUCAAUCGACAAAAGCAAAUCAGUACCAGAACCGAAGAAAAAGUCCAAAACAUUAACCCGCCAGGAUAGUGUUCACUCAAUAACAGACGAAACGCCUAAAAUGUCCAAACCAGCUAAUUCACCAUGUUGUGACGUCACUAAGCCUUCACACCCCAUUCUUGGCGCGUUAGAGACCAUACCUUCGUUACCUGAGACGGCAGACGUAGAUGAGACUAACAAUAGUGUGUGUGAUAACUCGCAUGCUGUGUGCGAUGCCAACAGGACCGAGAGGGAUAGGAGGGAUGAUAACCGCGACAGGGAUAGGGGAUCGCCGAGACAUGCUCGCCACGAGUCGUACGGAGGAAGGGAUCCAGUGCAGACCGCGCAUGCUCAGAAUUCGUCGUUGAAUGCCACGUCGACGCCGAUGGGGAUACAUAGGAGGUCUUCAGAUUCUGAUCUCAGUGUUACUCCUAAAGGCGGAUCACUGAACACGUCAGCCGGGAACGUCGGCAGCGGCGGCGGCGCCAUCUUGCGGCCGUCCAUGAACAGCAACAACCUUGACAUGCUGGAGUAUCCAUUCCUGACCAUGACGGAGUACCCGCCCGGGUUUAUUGUGCAUCUUGGCGGCACAGUCUGCGCCCGCUCCGUGAAGCUGGCGGACGGCGGCGAGGGCAGCGCUCGCGCGGCGUGGUGGGCCGAGCUGCGCACCGAGCUGCGUGCGCAUGCGCGAGCGCUGCGCUGCAACGCCGUCAUCGCAUACACCGAGACUACCGCCAUCUGUGAGGAUGUGUGCGUGCUGUCUGCUUCGGGAACGGCAGCUGUCAUUAAUUUAGACUGUGACUUUAAUGCUGAGCCCGAACCUAACUCAGCAACCUCAGGCUCUAAGAACACGAUAGACGAUGGUGAAACCGAAUGGUGUAGUAUGGCGCACGUGCCGUACUCGCCCGGCGCCGGACCCUAUCGCGCGGAGUUGUCUACCUGCGGCGGCUGUAGGAGAGCUCGAGUGCCCACAGUAUUACUAGCGACCUGCUCAAAGCCCAGCAAGUUGACUUCAUACGCUAAAGCCGUCACGCUCACAGCCGUCGCGGCGAGAGUUAGAAGAGCACCUCCCACUUCAGAGCCGGGCGCGAGAGACAUCUCCGAUCAGCUUCCCUUCUUAGAGUAUGAACUGCACAAAUUGCUGCUAGCCAAGCUUAGGAUGCAGGGUGCGAACGCGUUAUUCUCUCUGCAGACACAAAUAUCGAUAGGCGAGCGAUGUGUCAUGGCUCUCGCGAGCGGGACGGCGUGUAGACUGGCCGCCUUACCGCCACCUACGCCGCCUAGAAUUAAGGCGUCAGAAAAAGACAAAGAUGCAUUAGAAAUACAGAAAGCACUGUGGGACUCGUUCACAGCAAACCGAGCGGCGAACGGUUUUGAUGUCGGUGUAGAACACAACACAAAUGGAGUAUUACCGGAAGUGGAGGGUGAGGAUGCGCCGGCGCUAGACCUGUGUGCCGAUAAGGACGCAUGCGUACUGGAGUUAGAUGAGGCUGAAGAUGUGGAGACGGCACGUGCAUUAGCUAAGCGUCACGUGAACAUGCAAGUGUACACGCACGGACUGAAGCCUGUCAUCGGUGCCCCGCCGCAAGCGUUUGCGCAGGUGUGGCGAGGCCGCCUAGUGCUGUCGGGUGGGGCGGGUGGGGCGGGUGGGGCGGGCAGCAGCGCAGUAGAGCGGCACGUGCGUCGGGCGCUGGACGGCGUGGCGUACAAGCUGCGGCGCCUGCAGCCCUGCGCUCUUGUGGCACCACGCUUCCAGCUUGAACUGCCUGAGGAUGAGAUCCAACUAGUUGUAUCUGGAGCCGCCAUCCCCCUCCAAGACCCAAACAGUCCCGAAGCCAACGGCAUGGAGAACGGCCACCACACCCAAAGCCAGCACGGAAGUCACGGAAGCCACGGAAGUCAUGGAAGCCACGGAAGCCAUGGGAAUGGAACUGGUGAUGCUGAUGAUGAUAUCUUUGCUUUGGAUGAAGAGCAGCUCGUGAAAAGUCCGCCUGAAGUGCCGGAGGAAAAGGGAUUUAUUACGGGACAGGUCCCCACAACAGUAUCCCUAACGACACUGAGCCACAUAAGCGGCGGUCGCGUGUCCCGGCGGCUGUGUGCACUGCGGCUGCUCUUCGUGCGGGAGACCACCGCCGUGCGCGAACUUGGUGGCCUCAGCGGCUUCUUGCAUACAUUCACGUGCGAGGUGAUGGCAAUAGUACGCGCAUACACGGCGGCGUUAGGCGGUAACGCGCUCACCUCCUUCUAUAUCAGACAGCUCAUGCUUCAAGACAAUGCACAUAAAAAUCAGGGUCAAUGUCUCCUGUCAGUAGGCGGCGACAUCGUUCACAUAACAUACUGAAUUGUCUAUUAUCUAUUACUAUAUAACUUUACAUGACAUAUCUAUGACAUGCACGUUUAGGACAUAUAAACUGUAUAUUUAUUAUUUAGUAUGUAGACUUGAAUUAUUAAUAAUCCUAAAUAUAUUCGCGAUUUGUGUUCCAAGAAUGUGAUUUUUAUUAUAAGUAUUUUUUAACGAAAUGUAAUUUUAAUGGCUCUAUUCGAUUUCAAGAUGGCCGAUUAUGCGAUUCGAGAAUCGAUUUUUAAAUAUCCAAUUUUGUCUUAUUCUGUAUCGAAUUGAAUAAGUUUUCUUUUAAAUAAUAAUGCACACUUAUUUGACUCAAUCUCAGUUUCACUGGUUACUGAUAAAGUGUCAGUUAGUUUUUUUUAUAGUUAAUGCUAUCUACCAGAUAAAGGCUGCUUAUAGUUUCUUCCAGACAGCGAUAUGUUCCUGAUAGGCUAUCAGAAACUUUAUCAGUAACUGAUAAAAUUGGUCAUUAGUGUAUUAUGUCAUAUUUAAAUCCAUUGUUGCCUAUCUUCUUUUCUUGUAAUCAUGUCAAUUUUACAAACUCAAAAUAACUUUCCUAAACGUAUAUUUCAUGUUAGAAUUAAGACAGACUGUUUAUGAAAUUCUGUGUUAUUUAUAAUUUUUAGAAAAUAUCUCGAAAGAAGGGUGAAAACAGAUCGAUGUAAAAAUUAUUAUACAAAAUAGCAAACGAAAUAUUAAGUACCUGUAUAAAAAUGGCAGCUAUACUAUAUUUGAAAACUUGCCAGAGACAUCUGAAAGAUCGUUUUCAACCAAAAUACUUUAGUGUCAUGAAAGUAUGACCACCAGUAUAUCUUGAGAGCUAAAAAACAUAAAACUUUACCCGAAGUUCGCGAUAUUUUCAAUCAAUUUUACUUAAUAGGAUAAUAAAAUGUUAUAGUAAAUAAUAUAAUUAUUUAAUUGUGGUUUCGAAAAGUGUCAAAAAUCAAAAAUAAAUAUGUGAAAUGUUAUCAAAAUAAUUGCAUGUAAAUCGUACAAAAUUAUUUUUUACUGUUUUAUUUUAUGCAUGUUAUUUAUGAAUACGACUUUUCUGUCAAAUCUGAUGUAUGAAUUGUUUUUGACAACGUUAUUAAUAUUUUGAACUUGAAGUUUUUAUCAUAUUUUAAAGUAGCAAUCGUCCGAGUCCGAAAAAGUGAAGAUUUUUUAAUUAAUUAAUUAUUUUGUAUAAUAAAUAACCUAUUUCGGGUUUGACAUCAAAAUGGAAGAGUAUUUGUAAUAUUUACAAUAUUAAUAAAAUUGUACUUCAAAUAUUGUAUUACUCUAUCACACUUCUUGCCAUAGACAUGCCAAUCUUUGUAGUUAAAAAAAAACUUAGAAAAAAACUUGCCACGAAUGUACUCUCUAUCUACAAAAUUUUGCUUAAAUUGUUCUUUAAAAGUAUCUGUGCAUUAAUUUCGAUAAAUAUUUAAAACUGACUGAUUACAUUUUUAAAUACUAAUAUAAUAAAAAGAAAACAUUUUUUUCUCACUUUGUUUGUUCUUUACAAAGCUCCGAAAACGAAAUAAGUAUCACAUUGUAAAAUAUAUGCAAGACUUCAUUCAUUUUUACUAACAAAUAAAUACAGUAUUUGACAAACACGGUAUUAAAAUAAAUAACGGUAUUUAUACAGUAUUUCAAGUAGGUACAAUGCACAGAUACUUUUGAAAAUUGCCGUGGAAGAUCCAACUUUAAGCUUUAUCAGCUUCAUGUAAAUAUUUAGUUCAUUUUAAUGAAUUUGUUUUUGUAAAUAUGUAUAACUCGACGGUUAGUGGAAAUGUAUGGUGCUACGUAAAAGUUUCUUGUUAUUUUAUUUUAAUUCUGCAUUAUCUGUGACAAAAUAUUGCCUUUUAUU